CAACAGGGCCCAAUCAUCUGGCCCAUAAGAUCCUCCCUCCUCCGAUCCUGAACCGCAUCUCUCUCUCUCUCAAGUCCGCCAUGAUCCACAGACCAGAGAGACAGGCGCCGGCGAAGCGACCAGAAUCUGAUCAGGUCCCGACCAAGGAGCAGCCGGAGGCGAAGCGUCCGAAGCUCGGCGAUCCUCAACCGGAAGAGCUCGCUGGUGAUACUCCAAUGGGUCUGCAAAGCGAUAGCAAAGAGGAUUAUCAUAAAGGCCUUUCGUAUUGUCUGAUCUGUUGCAAGAUGGUCGAUCACAUAAUUUUAGAAUGCCCCGACUUGUCAAAGGGAUCUGGGAUAUAUUGUUUUGUUUGUGAAGGCCCCUGUAAGAGUAGUGAUGACGAGCACCACCGCAAAAAUCAUUUUGAAACUAUCAUGUUUUGUGAUAUUUGUGGUGAACAGGCUACACACUGGUCUGAUAACUGCUCCUAUGGUACUGAUUAUCGUACUGCCAGGUGUGAGGAUGCUUACGGUGACUCUGACAUUGGUUGCGUGUAACGUGGAUGACCUUUCAGAGAUACACACAACUUAUGCUGGUUCAAUCCGCAGUUAACUUGCAUGAUCUCCAUUGAUGCGAUAGUUGUUUCACAUCCUGAUCUCGAGCACCAAUUUCUGUUUCUUAAUCAGAAAAAAGGAUGGAAAUUGAGUCAGAUUUUUUUACGCCACUUUGACUCCUGCACUUUGUUGUGUUAACUCGAGACCAAUGUUUAUAUCCUUGACAGACGGAUAGUGUUGUUUAUGUUGGUGUUUGUUGGAACAUGUCUUGUUUUAAAUUUGGAAAAUUGUUGUAUGUUCCUUAAUUGUGGUAAUGGUAUCUUGAUUUACUGUUUGUAUUUGAA